CAGAUGUGAUUUCGUCGAUGCGCGCGGAUUAUUUGAUCGCGAUAGGGAGAAAACAAGUCGGAGGAAAAAUUGGACUCCUAAUAAUUCUGCAGUGUUGAUUUUAGGUGUGAGGGUCUCAAUCAUGACGAUAGGUUUCAGUACCUGAUGGGAAUUGAUGCGUCAAUAGUGGUACUACUCCAUGUAUGGACAUGUCGCUAAACUAGCUGAUGAGAUCAAGAAAGGCGUGUCAUCAGUUGAAGGUGUCGAAGCUAAAAUAUGGCAGGUCCCUGAAACUCUCCCGGAGGAAGUACUUGGAAAGAUGGGUGCGCCUCCUAAGCUUGAUGCCCCAAUCAUCACACCACAAGAACUUGCGGACGCAGAUGGGAUCCUCUUUGGUUUUCCUACAAGGUUUGGCAUGAUGGCUGCGCAAAUGAAGGCAUUCUUUGAUGCAACCGGUGGCCUGUGGAGGGAGCAGAGUCUUGCAGGCAAGCCUGCGGGUAUCUUCUUCAGCACUGGUACUCAGGGUGGUGGGCAGGAGACUACAGCAUUGACAACAGUAACUCAGUUGACUCACCACGGCAUGGUUUUCGUUCCCGUCGGGUACACCUUCGGUGCCAAGCUGUUCGACAUGGACAAAGUUCAGGGUGGCAGCCCGUACGGCGCAGGCACAUUUGCCGCCGAUGGUUCGAGGUGGCCAUCUGAGAUGGAGCUGGAGCAUGCCUUCCACCAGGGUCAGUAUUUCGCGGGCAUCGCGAAGAAACUCAAGGGAUCUGCUUGACCUCUGCCGUUCGCACAUAUCGUAAAAAGGCAUUUACAUGACAGCUCCACCGUGUUGUCAAUAGCUUGUUCUCUUCUUUUGUGGUGUUUAGAAAUUGGUGCGUCUCUGUGGUGGAACUUCUAUUGGGGCGUGCGUGAUAUAUGUGCUUUGAUGGAUUGGUUAUAGUUUGGAGUUUGAUUGUGUUUACCAUCAUGUUUAUAUAGAGUAUAUAUUAUCAAUGGUUUUCGCUGUCA